AUCUAAAUCACAAGUAAUAGGAUUAAUAUGGUGGUGUUCAAAUUGGGGACUUUGAUAGGCGAGCAUUCCACCACAGGUGGCCAUCGAACACUUCUCAAGAUCCUUUCAGAAGCCGAGGAAAGCGCUUAAGGUUUAAAAAAAUGCCAGGACUUUACCACGGGUUUUGGAAAAUGAUCAGCAAUGAGAACUUCGAAGCCUACCUGAAAGCUCUCGAUGUCAACAUUGCUGUUAGGAAAAUUGCCACCUUGGUGUUUUGCGACAAAGACAUCAACCAAAACGGUGAUCACUUCAUCAUCAGGACCUUCAGUCCAUUCAGAAGCUACACCAUGGAGUUUGACAUCGGCCAGGAGUUUGAGGAAGAUCUGAAAGGAAUAGACGACAGGAAAUGUAAGACGACCGUGACCUGGGAUGGAGAGAGGCUGGAGUGUGUGCAGAAAGGUGAGAUUGAGGACAGGGGCUGGACCCACUGGAUCGACAACGAUCACCUUCAUGUCGAGAUGAGAGCGAGAGGAGUCACGUGCAAGCAGGUCUACAAGAGGACCUAAAUCGGCGAGCUAGAGCGGCGCCCCUGCUGGAGAACCACGAGAGACACAGAGACACCUCAAGGAUAUGAUGGAGACAUCCUUUCAUUCGUCCUUUCUUUCAUUCCACUUGUCUCGUUAAAUCUGUAUAGACAAACACUGUUUAUGAAAGUUUUGAUUCAGUUCCAGUAGAUGUAGAUCCCUGAUAACUGUCAUUUAGAGGCCAAUAACAAGCACAGUAAAGAAGGAUUUGUACUGAAUAGACAAGGAAAAUGACGUGUUCUUUCCAAGAAAAUCUCCUGAUAAUACGCCAGAAUGAUGACGGAACGUAAAGACGGUGAUGGAUAUCUGUGUAGUUGAGCUAAUUCAGUCUUGGAUGACAAGUGCAGUAUGUUUUCUCCUUUGUCUGCUGCAGAUGUGGCCACAAUGAAAGAAAUAAACAGAAUAAAGAAAGCGGAUUGCUGUAAUGCUA